GCUCCAAUUCUGGUAUAACCUUAAAACUACAACUCCCAUGAAGCACCUGGAAUCACAACAAACGUGCUAAUGCCAAACAUUCCGCUCAAUGAAGCCGGCAUUUUAAUUCUUGCUGCGACAUGAGGUGUUAUUUACUGUAGCCAGCAAUGGCACCCGGGGAUGUGGUACCAGACCAUCCCAAGCAGCCGAAGCCCAAGGAGAAGCGGAGUGGAAACAGGGCAUCAUCGAAAGCAGACUGUGAGCCGGAUGGAUCCUUUGUCUUUGAGGCUCAUGAGGCUUGGAAGGACUUCCAUAACUCCCUCAGGCACUUCUAUGAAGUGGGAGAGCUCUGUGACGUUACACUGAAGGUUGGCAGUAGGUUGAUACCAUGCCACAAACUAGUGCUUGCAUGUGUUAUCCCUUACUUCAGGGCCAUGUUCCUGUCAGAGAUGUCCGAGGCUAAGCAGGAGCUGAUAGAGAUCAAGGACUUUGAUGGGGAUGCUAUCCAGGACCUGGUACAUUUUGCCUACUCCUCCAAGCUCACACUAACGGUGGACAAUGUUCAGCCUCUGCUUUACGCAGCCUGUAUCCUCCAGGUGGAGUUGGUGGCGAGGGCUUGCUGUGAGUACAUGAAGGCACACUUCCACCCCACUAACUGCCUGGCAGUUCGUACCUUUGCUGAGAGCCACAAUCGCGUCGACCUGAUGGACAUGGCCGACCGCUACGCCUGUGAGCACUUCACUGAGGUGGUGGAGUGUGAGGACUUUACGUGCGUGUCUCCCCAGCACCUGCGCACGUUAUUGUCCUCCAGCGAGCUCAACAUCCACUCAGAGACCCAGGUAUACAACGCAGCAGUGAAAUGGCUCAAAGCCAAUCCACAGCACCACGAGGCCUGGCUGGACCAGAUCAUGUCUCAGGUGCGUCUCCCCCUGCUGCCUGUUGAGUUCCUGACUGGAAAAGUAGCGAAGGACGAGAUGAUCAAGGGUAACCUUAGUUGUCGUGAUCUGAUGGAUGAGGCCAGGAACUACCACCUCCACCUCAGCAACAAGGUGGUGCUGGACUUUGAGUAUUCAGUUCGCACUAUACCCCGGAAACACACUGCAGGGGUUUUGUUCUGUGUGGGUGGCCGUGGGGGUUCAGGUGACCCAUUUCGCAGCAUUGAAUGCUACUCCAUCACUAAGAACAGCUGGUUCUUUGGCCCUGAAAUGAACAGCAGACGGCGUCACGUGGGUGUCAUAUCUGUUGGAGGUAAAGUUUAUGCUGUUGGGGGCCAUGAUGGUAAUGAACACUUAGGCAACAUGGAGAUGUUUGACCCUCUCACCAACAAGUGGAUGAUGAAAGCCUCCAUGAACACCAAAAGGAGGGGAAUAGCCCUGGCAGCUCUCGGGGGUCCUAUCUAUGCUAUCGGAGGUCUGGACGACAACUCCUGCUUCAACGAUGUGGAACGCUACGACAUCGAAAGCGACUGCUGGAGCUCAGUGGCCCCGAUGAACACACCCCGAGGAGGAGUGGGGUCUGUGGCGUUGGGGAGUUUUGUAUAUGCAGUUGGAGGAAACGACGGCGUGGCGUCACUAUCCAGCGUGGAGCGGUUUAACCCACAUCUCAAUAAGUGGGCAGAAGUCAGCGAGAUGGGUCAGCGACGUGCAGGGAAUGGAGUCAGCAAACUCAAUGGCUGCCUCUAUGUAGUUGGUGGUUUUGAUGACAAUUCACCCCUGAGCUCUGUGGAGCGCUUUGACCCACGAAUGCACCGCUGGGAGUACGUGUCUGAGCUGACCACGCCCCGUGGUGGUGUCGGGGUUGCUACUGUAAUGGGAAGAGUGUUUGCAGUUGGGGGCCACAAUGGGAACAUCUACUUAAACACAGUGGAGGCUUUUGAGCCUCGAAUGAACAGGUGGGAGCUUGUGGGAUCGGUGUCACACUGCCGUGCCGGUGCUGGAGUGGCUGUCUGUUCAUCUCACGUCAGCCAGAUCAGGGAUGUCGGCCAGGGCUCCAGCAAUGUGGCCAACUGCAUGUGACCGCAGGCUUGUAUGCUACCAGGUGACUGACUGACUGACUUGACUGCCAGGCCACCACCAGAUCUGAUCACUGCACACGCACACAACACAAGGCACACAGACAGUGGCGGCCUGAUUUUAGCCCGGCAGCUUUGUAACUGUCACCACUGGAUUGAACAUUAGCAUUAAAUGGCUGAUGUCCAGUUUGCACAGUGAUAGAGGAAUAUUAGGGAGAUUUUUUUGACUUGAAGUGCAUAUCUGACAAAUCUGAAGUCCUCUCCAUCAAAAUGACACAUUGGAGAUGUUCAUCUGUACUCCAGCUGGUGUGAUUUUCAAUCAGUGCUGUAGGGUUUUGUACUGUAUUUUCAUCUGUUUGACUGCCUUGAUUGAGUUUUGUCUUUGCGUAAGGGAAAUAAGUAGCUGAGCUUUGAAUUUCAUACUAACAUCUUGAGAAUGACGUGAGUUCAGAACUAUUAGGUUAACUGCACAUUAUGAAUGUGGACCGUUCUGUAGGCCAGUUUAAAAACAUUUCAAAUGUCUUUUCAUGAAGAUUUCUACGGUGUUGUUUUUCUUUGUGGAGAGACGUGAACAUACUGGAUUCAACACUUUGUAUGCAGUGAACUGUGUGUAGUUGAAACCACAUCUUCAUUAGUCAACCUGAAUUAUGAUGUCAGUUUACAUUUCCAAGACUCCACAAUCAUAAGCCGCAUCAUUCAGAAGCUUCCAUAAGAACGUGUAAAAGGUGCUUUUCAGAAAUCUUUUAUUAGCAGUUCAGUAAGCUGCAUUGUUUCCUUGCAUUUGCAACUUUAAGGGAUUUACCUGUAAUCGUGUUUGAACAAUCAUUCAAGACUGAGGAAGACAAAUCAGUCGCUUGUGAGGAGAUGACAGGUCCAAGGAAUUUAUCUGCUGCAAGUGCCCAACAGAAAAAAAAAUUAUAUCAGCUGAUUUAGGAAGCUGAAGAUGCAAAUCUGUUUCAACCUCCUGCUGAAUCCAGAGUCCUUCACUCCCAACUCAGAUUUGUAGAAGAGGUUUGAUGACUGUCCACCUGAGAGUCCAGGACUGAUCAGAGCAAUACAGCAAUCUCUUUUGAAAUAAUCGUAAAGAGAUCUGAUCCAACUGACAGGGCCAGAUUCUCAAAUGUAACAUUUGUGUUUAUCGAUAGCUGGACUGUCAAAAGUCAGAUGUGUAUGAGAUUCAGCUGAGGUUUGACUCUGCAGAAGGUUGUGUUAUAUUUUAAUAUAUGGACAUUUUGUAUAAUAAAAUAGGUGUAUCUUUGGUAUUAUUCUUUACUACAAUAUCUAAUCCAUUGCUGUGCACUAUUUUCCUAGACUAGUUGUGAAGUCUUGAGUAUAUUUUUGUCCUAAAUGGAGAAUUUUCAUGUAAUUCAUGUUUAAAGAUGUUUAUUUAACACGUGUGUAUAUUUCUGCCAUAUCUGUGAAAGAUGUAAGUUCCAGCUACAGUUUUGUUUUUGUUCAAAAUAGGCUGAAAGAGUUUUAAACAUUCUAUAUAUACAGUUUAUAAUAGACUAUAUAUAUUAUUGCACAGUUUGUGUCCUGCCGGUUUUGAAGCUCUUGCAUUUUAUCAACAAUGUAUAAUCAAUAUUUUUGUCAAAUUUGUAAGUAAAUUAUCCAGAUACUGAGUCUUUUGUAAACUUGACUGUAUUUUGUGUUCUUCCUUCUCUUGACUGCUUCCAUCUUUUGCCUUUUGUUUUUAUGUUAUUGGUAUAAAUUGGUACAAUAAAGUUCUGUGUUGAAAUUUCAA